ACAGAUCAGAAUAUAUUCAUACACCACGGUGAUGUCCUGGUUCUGCCUACUACGUUCUGAUUGGACAACAUUCAGUUAAAACAACUCGCUGAAACGUUUUCGGAAGAUAACGCCGACUCCAAGCUUCAGUGUAGUUCAUAGUAUACCUACCAGAGUUUUAUAGGAGCAGAACAAAAUGCAAAAAUACUCCAUGACUGUUAUUCUGGCAUGUCUGGUUUCUGGGGUUUUAUUCCUACCAGGUGCAAAUGCACAGGAUUGUCCAACUCCCAAAAUACAGGCUUGCAACACAACCUUCGGCACGGCGGUAGGAGCAGCGGGCCAGGAUAAAACAAAAAUAUGCAGUGCUGCCAAUUCCUAUUUGAAUUGUGUGAAUAAAAUUGUCACUGACUGCAAACUGGAUCCAAAUCGUAAUUCAGCUAUAAGACAGGCAAUUGCCACUGCCAAAAGGCAAUCGUCUCAAGCCGGAUGCGGAAAUGGUGCCAGUGGAUCAGUUUACAGUAUCGUCACCAUUGUUGUAGGAGUUUGCCUUCACAAACUUUUUUAGAAAUCAUCACAACUUCGAGUGUUGUAAUGAACGGAUGUUUCCCAAUAAUUGACACUGAUUGUUUCAGUAUUUUUAACAUACGUAAUUGUCUUUUAUCUCAUUUUGAACAUGUAUAGUACGAACUGGAAGAUAGUGCAUUUGUCUAUAGAUAUUGUCAAUUGAUUGCAUGUAUAUGCAAUUUUGUUUGUAGCAUAAAAAAUGAAUAAUUAAAGACAAAUGAUUAAUA